AUGAGUGCGUCGACGUUCCCAGACGCCUCUCUUACUCGCGAUCCUCAGAGACACUAUCUGCAAAGUCCCUAUUAUUUUAUGUGCUGCAGCUUGUUCGAUCCCUCAGAUGACGUUCCAGUUCCCGUGCCGCCAUCCACGGCUUUGACCGGUACUUUGGUCUCGUCACUUCAUCGGCUGAAGGACGUCGACAACAACGGUACGCUGACCCCGGUGGGUGUGGUAGCCGUUAAAUUGGCUGAACUGACCGGUCUAGAUGGGGGCUUCUUUGUCUUUGGGGACCUGUCUGUGAAAGUUGAGGGAGAUUUUCGGCUAAAGUUCACCCUUUUUGAAAUGCGAAAAGAUAUGGUUACUCAUAUUAAGUCCAUCAUCUCAGACCGCUUCACUGGUAAGAUUGCACCGAGAAGCUUCUCUGCUAAAAUCGUUGGCACUGACGAGCCCCAGUGUCUCCCCCAAAGAGCUUUCCUGAGCCGCGGACGUUGA